AUGCUUUCCCGAGCGGCAAACGUUCCGCGCGUCCAUUGGGCCAAUCGACUGGCCUCGUCCAUCUUGCGCGAGAGAACAACGCUAAGCCAUUUCUACGGUCGUGAAGAUUGGAUCCGGCGGCGAUGCUAUAGCUCCGAUCCCAUCAUCCACAGCAAAGAGAGCGUGGAGGCGCUGAUAUCGGGCAGAAUCAGCACGAGAGAAUUCAACAAGUCGCUUAAAAAGGGCUCCAAGAAGCCGUCUCGAAGAGACUCGUUUCGCCGCGGCAAGGGCGCAAGUAACAGACGCCGCAACAAGGACGAAGAGAUACCCGACUGGGGACUUGCGACGGCCCCGAACGAUGCGAAUGUCACAAUAGAGGCAGAAGUGGAAGUUGCGCAAGAGCUCUUAAAGGGGGAACAGACUGCAGAAACGCUUCCGGAAGCUCGGCAAGAGGUUCAACAAGAAGCUCAACAAGAAGCUCGAGAUGCGCUUGCAGAGGCACUUGCAGAGGAAGCGGAUCGACUAGAGCAGGCCGAAGCUGAAGCACAAGAUGAAUCAGGUUCUCUUCCUGUGGAACUUGACCAAGCCAAGCCAGAGGGAGGGGCCAGGCCCAGAAGACCGUUCCAGGAUGAACGCAUACACUCCAGGACCGUCUCUGUUGCGGCCCUUGGGAAGCAGAUUGAAGCAAUCAUGUUGAAGAACCCCAACGAAAUGAAAAAACCCAAGCGGCCCUCACGGAGGAUUCAAGACAAGGCGCCAGACGUCAAAGUGGAACUCGAUGCUGAAAGAGACCUCAUGAUGGAGGAAGUUGAAGAGAGCAACGAGGAGGUCCUGGAGGCGGCCUUGAAGCACAUUGAUGACCUACGGCCUGUCGAUCGAACGGUUCUACCAAUCAAAGAGUUCGAUUCUCUGGCAAAUACUCUGGUAGAUGGCUUCAAGACCAGUCAGCUCACCAGAUACUAUAACCGAGAACGCCUGACAGCACACAACCAAAGCCUACAGAAACCGCCCUCUUACUCCUGGAUUGAUAACCUAAGCCCCUGGGAGCCCGCCAAACCCGACCACUGGGGGCCUCUUAGGCCGAAGCAGCGCCAAGUGAUUUUGAUUAUGCAAACCAUCUGGAAUCUGGAGGUGAAAGAGCAAGUCGAGGGCCUCGGUAGGACUCUUGUCUGGCUAGAGCCCCGCAUCUUUCAGCUGAUUGCCCCUCCCAAUAGCUCCAUCUUAGAGCAAGUCUCGAAAGAUUUCUUGUACGAAUCUAACAAGGAGAAGAUUACUGCAAGCUUCGACGAUUGCCGGAUCAACAUUUACGCCCAAAAAUCGACCGUUCCCGUCAUACUCGCCCAUCUUGAUGAGAUUGUCAAGUCGAUUCGUCACCAGAAGAUCCCCUCCACUCAUAUCGAAGAAGAUGAUUUGGACGAGCAAUUGCUCCAAGAACUAGAACGAAUUACAAAGACACAUAUCAAGUAUAACAAGGGCAGUAAGGAGCUUGAAAUCUCGUGGCUUGAAAGUCAAAUCCCAUCGCCAUCGACAGAAGGCACUAAGAACAUAGAAACGCCCGCUGAUAUCGCUCUGCGACUAUUGCUGGAGCAGCCAAGCAAAGACGAUCAAAGCAGCGUGCACAUCAUAACAGCAUCCGAAGUUGACAGGGCCAAGGAUGGAUCUUUUAUCAGCCAUCAGAGAGAACGCAGGAGUAUGCGGUGGAGGGAUAAGCUAAAGCCGUGGUCCAGAUACGUCCUCCCCGUUGGCCAAGCCACCACAGCGGGAGACGAUGUUUUAGAGCACCUGCUUGAGGCAAUCUCUUUACCCGACACAUCAAACUCCAAAGCAAACAAGAAAGCCGAAUUGGUGGUUACGACGGCAUCCUUUGGACAUGUGCUCCACGGCAAGGGCUCCCGUACCGUGGCCACCAUGGCAAAACAUCGCAGACUUCUCUCUCCAGCCCUCCCUCACCCCGCAUCCUUUACCUCGAUUAUGGACGAAGACAAACCCUUGACACAGCGCACGACCAUUACCCUUAACUUUUCUCCCGACCCCACGCAUCAUUCCAAAGACACAAGCUCAACGCUCCCCAGCGUCCAACUCCAGCUACCUGUUGAUCCUGUCACCGACAUUGCCGACUCUUCUCUCCCCUCUGGCUCGACUCUCUUUGGCGUUGCAGCACAUUCCAUUAGCGAUAUCCUGCUGCCCGGCGAAAGUGUAGACAUUCGCCUGACGCAGCAGCGUCUUCUGCCGCUUGACGCGAGUCAAGAACCCAUCAAGGAAUUUUUAUCUCACUGCGAGUUUGACCUCCCAAAGGGCAUUCUAAGAACACCUAGCAAAAUCACAUUCUCAAUCCCCAAAGCCUGGGCAGCCGACCCAAAAGCAAAACGCAAGCCUUCCAAAGCGGCCGCCGCCAUCAGUGCUCCGUACAUCUUCAUGGGGCUGGAGACGCAUCAGGUCGCCGAAUUCGAGUUCCAUGGCCAUACCUUACGCUACGAUAGCAUCGAUGCUGGCCGCCAUGGAGGUCAUAGACAGGGGCUUUCUCUCCAGGCCGGUCCCGUGCAAGGAAGCGAAGACCAAGACAAGACACCGUUCAAGCUCAACGAUGAAGAAGCGUCUGCAUUCCUAUCUCUAGCUGGGGAGAUUGCCACAGGAAAGUAUUUCUCGUGGCACAACGGCUCCGAAUUGGUGCAAGAGUCUUCAGACGAGUCACUUGGUUUUGAUGAACUAGAAGUGCUUGAUGAUGAAUCGAUCGAUGAAGAGUUUUCCUCGUCGUCGUUGGAAGUUGAAGAUUCCGAAGAUGCCCAGAGUUCAGAAUCCGAACUUUUGUCACCCCCUGAGCAGGGCGAAAGCACCUUUCCGAUUACUGAGCCAGCAUCCGAAGAUCCAUCCCCCGCCUCCCAGAGCAGCACCACGAAUGAAUCAGCGGAUGCCUCUGAAGCUCUCCACGACCCUGCCAACACCAAAGAUUCAAAACUCCAAUAA